GGCGGCGGCGGCGGCAUGGAGGCGGUGUGCGGGCGGGGGCUGCUGCGGCUGGGGAGCGGCGGGCUGCUAAGAAGAUAUAUGCCAACAUGCCUGUCCUCUUGGAAAGCUCCUCGUGUCUAUAAGUCUUCCCAGACAGAAGCUAUCCCGAAUAUGGCAAAUAGUGGCAUAAUGAAUGCUCCCCUUCAGACAUUUACGGAAGAGGAGAUGAUGAUCAAAACCAUGGUUAAAAAAUUUGCCCAGGAACGGAUCACGCCUUUGGUAGCCACCAUGGACGAAAAUUCAAAAAUGGAUAAAUCCGUCAUUCAAGGACUCUUUGAACAAGGGUUAAUGGGCAUUGAGAUCGACCCAAAGUAUGGAGGAACCGGAGCUUCAUUUUUUUCCUCCAUCUUAGUGAUUGAAGAAUUGGCCAAAGUCGAUGCCUCGGUAUCUGUCCUUUGUGAUAUUCAGAACACGUUAAUAAAUACGCUCAUUAGAAAAUGUGGGACAGAAGAACAGAAGGCAACCUAUUUGGUCAAAUUGGCUAAAGACACGGUAGGCAGUUUCUGUCUCUCCGAAUCUGAAGCUGGCAGUGAUGCAUUUGCUUUGAAGACUCGUGCUGAGAAGAAGGGAGACUAUUAUAUCAUCAAUGGCUCGAAGAUGUGGAUUAGCAACGCCGAGUAUGCUGGAAUUUUUCUAGUGAUGGCGAACGCUAAUCCUAGUAUUGGAUACAAAGGAAUAACUUGUUUCAUAAUAGAUCGGGACACCGAGGGUCUUCAGAUUGGAAAGAAGGAGAACAAAAUGGGAAUCAGAGCCUCUUCGACGUGUCCUUUGACGUUUGAGAAUGUAAAGGUGCCGGAAGCCAAUAUCCUGGGACGGCUCGGAGAGGGUUACAAGUACGCCAUCGGCAUGCUGAACGAAGGCAGGAUAGGAAUCGCCGCCCAGAUGUUGGGAUUAGCGCAAGGAUGUUUUGACCAAACCAUUCCAUAUACCAAAGAAAGGAUGCAGUUCGGCAAAAGAAUCUUUGAUUUUCAAGGACUCCAGCAUCAAAUAGCUCAAGUGGCCACCCAGCUAGAAGCCACAAGGCUACUGACCUACAAUGCCGCCAGGCUGGCGGAAGCCGGGAGACCGUUCAUCAAGGAAGCCUGCAUGGCCAAAUACUAUGCGUCAGAGGUUGCAGCGCUGACAACGAGUAAAUGUGUGGAGUGGAUGGGUGGAGUAGGCUACAUGAAAGAUUAUCCAAUUGAAAAAUAUUACAGAGAUGCUAAAAUUGGUGCUAUCUAUGAAGGAACUUCAAAUAUCCAGUUGAGCACCAUAGCAAAACUCUUAGGCCAGGAAUAUUGAAAGCCGCAAGGAUCUGACGACUAGAACUAGAAACUUUGAACCAGUGUGCCUCAUUGGUGAAAUAAUGUGCCGUGCGAUCCAAAUGCGUCUUCCCGGGAGUGAUGUAAAACUCGGGGGAUUCCAGUCUUCCAUGGAUAGGAAUUUGACAUCUCCAAAAGUGCCCGGAUUUGCAUUCAGAAAUAGUUUAUUGACCAGGUAAACCAACUAAAUGUCUCCCUCAAAUCUGGUUUAAUGUACCAUCUCUGCGACUGAUUCCAGCAGUCAUUUUGCUUCACAUAAAUACUGCAUUCUUAUAAUAUUUGCCAAGGUAAUAAUAAUGUUUAUCUGGGGGAUAAUCAAGUAGAAAAAUACUACCAUUUCAGCUUCGUAGAAAAAUCUACGUUAUCUAUAGUUCUAAUCACAGGUUGUAUUCAUGUUUCUAGACAAUACAUUGCAGGGCUGUUUUUAUUUAGCAUUUUUGCAGAGUCAUUUCUGUGGUAUAAAGUCAAAUGGUUCAUUGUAAAUAUCAAAAGGUAUUUUGAAAGACUUUUAAAUAUUAGAGCAGUUGAGUGUUAUAAUGAGUAGGUCAAAUGAUCAGGUCACAAACAAGGCUUUGGAAACAUAUUGUUGCAAUUCUUGUUGUGUUCUUUAAAUAUCCCUACGGUCUCAAAUGGCUUUAUGAAUCUCUACUUCCAUUUCCAAGACAUUAUUAAAAUAAUAUAUUUAUCUGUACCCUCUCCGAAUCUGACACUUGAUUUGAUAAAAUGAUUUUCCUACUCUCUCCAGCAGCACUUCCCCUCUAUAUCAAAAUUGUCUCCUGCUUUCUCAGAAUUGAACUUUAAUUUAAAAGUAAUCUAUAAAUUGAGCUUUCAGGUGGAGUUCAGUGACUUACGCUGUGAAUUGUGAAAUAUUUCACUACUUGGGCAUUUUGAUCUUCAGCAAGCAGAGAAAUCAGUUGCUCUAGGACAGAUGAUAGCCGGAGAGCCAGUUACAUGUGGGCAGAUAUAAGUCAAAGAGGAAUUAAUUUAAGAUGCUCUUUUAGCAUGAAACAAAAAUAAUAGAAAUCACAAGAGCAAAAGAGAAUGCGUAGCAUGUAUUGGAAAGGAGGAGAGAAUUUGCUGGAUAAUGAGACAAGCUCCCAGAAGUGAUGGAUCCUAAAUCAAUCAGGAAAAGAAGGCAAAAAGAACACUCUCUUGUUCUUUAAGGGGAGAUUACUGCAGAGGCAAGAGCAGGUAAGAUGACCCCAAGAGGGAGUUUUUGCAUCUUGAAUUCUUUUCAGAGAAAGAAAUGAAAUGAAAAGACCCUACAUUUAAAACGACAUUUUUUUUUAAAUCCCAAAGCCAUUUUCUAAUUCAGCAAGUAACAAAUGAUAAACAUUAGCAGUGUAGUACAAAAAUUCACUCUUGAGAGUUUUAAUAACUAAUCGGUUGGCUUUACGGUGUUCUUGAUUAUACCCCUCCAAAAUAAUGUUGAGGCCCAGAUUCCCAACUGCCACCUGUUGGGUUUUUUUCCUAUAUUUUUAUCUUUAUGAAUCUAUAUCCAGUGGAAAGCUCCUGAAACAUAGGUCACAAUUUAAGAGGUGGUGGACGGUCAUCUUGUCUGUAUGUAAAAUGUAUUUAAAAUUUAUAUCAGAGCCUAAUAUAUUAUUAUUCAUUCUUUUUGCUUGCUCAUGAGCUGCGUGAUAACUGUAACUUUCUCCCAGGAGAGAGAGCGGCUUCUCUGCUGAUCCUUCCAUUUGCCUCUUUCCUCCUCCCGCCAGACUUUGCAACCUCUUAAGUGUGGUUUCUUAAUUUUCAAAGGCAGUGUGGUGUGCCCAUCCAAGUUAGCCGCCUGUUCUUUCCGGUGGGAAUGCUUUAAAGAGAGGCUAUGUGCUCACCCUCCUAUGUGAGUAUUUUCUCAACAAUGCCGCUAGUCCAAGGUUCAGAGCAUCUUGACUCUCAAAUAGAACUGGGAUCCCUUUCCCCACCCAACGCCUAAAAUAUGCCAAAGUUUUGCUUCAGAGAAUUUGGAAAUGAACUGGUCAGGGAACUCAUUGAUAUUUUCCUGUUGAUACUACAUCUUUGCUGCCAUUCAUGACUUAUUGGCUUCACAACCUUCAAGCCUUUCUAGGUAGUCUCCUGUUUUAAUGAUAGCAGGCUUCGGGAUGGAAUACUUAUGGGAUUAACAAAAUAUCACUAAGAUUCAGCACAGAUUCACUUCGUUAUUCUGUUUUCUGAUUUUAAUUUUGUAAGAAUGGUUUUACUUCUAGAGAAAUCCAUUGAAAAUGCAUAUAGUGUAUUUACACCCAUUUAAAACCUUUGGAUUCCUCUUUGUGGCCUAAAUCUUUGAAUAAAGAGUAAAUUCAGUGCCAAAAAUACAAACUGAGUUUUGGCAUUUGGGCAUCAGGAGUUACCUAGUGGUACUCUAAAAAUCAGUGCAGUGGGAGAUCCUUUAGAAGAGAAAAAUCUCAAGAGAUUUGAAGCUCUUUGGAGGUGAAUUAAUUCCUUCAUGCUUCUAGCACGUGAUUACUCCAGGACACCAAGCAGUAACCUUAAAGAGUUUGGGGUUCACCAGCAAUACGUGGCAUGACCCCCGAUGAAUGACUGACUCUGGUGGAAGAAUCUCAUUGAGUUGGUUAAGAAUUUUUCAUGAAACAUGUUAAAAUACCCCAAUUCCACAUCUUUUUUAGAGAUUUUUUCCAUUUACUAAUGACUUUGGAAAAUCCAUAGAUCUACAUGCGAAAACUAGAUAUUGUUACUAAAGCUGGCAUCAUCACUUUAAGAUCAUUUAUCCUUAGAAAUUUCUAUUAGUAAGCACAAGGGUUUAUCUCUGCAGAGUUUGCUACGGUUGGAUAAAUGAAUUUUGUGUUCAUUUACAUCAGAAUCUCUUCUGGACCGCAAAAAUCAGUAAUUUACGGGAAACAAAAAAAGUGAGGAAAAUAAAGGACUUGAUUCCAGAUUUCA